GGGACGUCACUAGUCCCGUCAUUCAUUUUCGUUCAUCUGGAACACACAGCACUAGCAGCUGUCAAUUUAUGGUCAAAGCAUGUGGAACAUAAAAUAAAAGUUUUAACAUCAAGUGGAAGUUAUUUAAUCAAGUUUAAUCAAACCCAUCAUGACCCAAAACACAGCAAAUAACAUGGUGUCAGCGUGGGGUGGAAUGCCGCCGCUUCCAGAAAUGUGUUUUGUGGGAAACCUGUCAAAGAAUUUUCAGGUGUGGGUGCAGCGAUUGAAGAUAUAUCUGAUCGCUCACGGAAUGGAAAAAGAAAACCCAAAAAGAUUGGUAAAUAUUCUACUUAACUAUAUAGGGCCGAAAGGCAUUGAAAUUUAUAACACUUUUGGAGUAAAUGAAAACGAAACUUUGGAAGAAGUCAUUAAAAAAUUUUCAGAAUACUUUGCUCCGAGAAAAUCAUUGAUAAUUAUACGAAACGAAUUUUUUACAACUACGCAAGGAGAUUCAACACUUGAAGAUUAUUUUCAGAAACUUAUAAACUUAGGAAAGGACUGCGAAUUUGAAAACUUAACUGAAGGAAUAACAGUCAGCAAAAUCAUAGCAGGGUUAGACAAAAGAUUUAAUAAUUUAAAAACAAAAUUAAUGGCGGAAGACGAUAAGAGGCUUACUCUAGAAUAUAUAAUGAAAUUUCUUCUUAGUGCUGAUGCAUCAAGAAAGUAUGUAGAGAAGAUGGGUGGAUCGGAGGAGCCAGUGGAAACAGAAACUGAGGUACUGUUCUCGACCUCACGGAAAAAGGAUAAAUUAUAUACAAAGAAAAUAAAUAACUGCACAAGAUGUGGCCAAACACACGAAAUGAACAACUGUCCCGCUUAUGGAAAAAAGUGUUUCAAGUGCGAGAAAUCUAACCACUUCAGCAACAAAUGUCGCAAUAGGGGGCAACGUCAAACUACUAAACAACAGCAUGUGAAUGUUGUGGAAGAAGGAGUGGAUGACAACAAUGAGGACUUCUUCAUUGGUGUGGCAAUGCUCGGUAAUGAAAUAACACAGGAUUUCAUGUGAACUAUUUGAUGGUGGUCUUGGUUGCUUACCUGGCUUGGUGAAAAUACAACUAAAGGAAAAUGCUGUACCUGUUGCUCAAGCUGCACGUCGGGUUCCCUUUUCAUUAUUGCCUGAAUUGAGAGAG